AUGAUAAAGAAACUGCGUUCAGGUGAUUUGCUAAUUCAGGUCACUUCUGAAACUCAGGCUACCACAUUGUCAAAAUGCACAAAAAUUUGCUCCUUUGAGGUCACCGUUAUGCCACACAAGUCUCUUAACACUUCUUGGGGUGUUAUAUCAGAAUUCGAACUUCUGAAUGAUGCCGAGGACAUGAUAAAAGAAAGUCUGCAAGAUCAGCAUGUUGUAGAGGUCCGCAGGAUAAGGAUUCGCAGGGAUGAGAAACUCAUACCCACGAAACAUCUUAUCCUCACGUUUGACACUCCAACGUUACCACCUGAUGUCAAAAUCCCAUGGUUUAACUGUCCUGUCCGACCCUAUGUUCCAAACCCCUUGAGGUGCUUUCAGUGCCAAAGGUUUGGACAUUCAAAAGCAUCCUGUCGAGGUACAUCUGUUUGUGUUCGCUGCUCUUCUCCCGGCCACUCGGAUACUUAUUGCGAGUUAUCGCUCCAUUGCAUUAACUGCAAGGGUGACCAUGCGGCUUAUUCCAGGAAUUGUCCAAGAUGGUCGCGGGAGAAAGAAAUACAAUCUGUUAAAGUCUCACAAAAUCUGACGUUUCAGGAAGCUCACCGGAUAGUUUCUGCCCGUACUCCCCGUCCGGGUACGUCCUAUUCUAUGGCAGCUAAGAUUUCCUAUUGUACAGUUAGUACGCAAACAGAUACCUCAACAUCAUUUACCUCACAACAAACAAAACAGAAGUCGCAAUUUAAUUUCACUGGACCAUCCACUUCUCGCAGACCUGUAUCAAAAUCUCCUCCCCCCAAAACCUCUCGUACCUUAUCCCCAGAAAAGUCUCGGCCUGCCCUUAAGCAGCGUUCGAGCAUAAAACUUCCACCUAGCCUGAAACCUGGCUUAACAAAAAAGAAAAAAGACCCAAAAUUCUCAUUUCAGUCCGCUUCUGAUGCUUUACAGAAGAUGGACGAUUCUGUAACUUUACAUCCAUCGGAUGAUGAAUCCAUUUUCGAUGAUUCAUCGAUGGACGUCUCUUUGAAACCAAAACCUAAAAUAAAGUGA